AUGGUCCAACAUUACGCUUUUCGGUCCAUGCUGCUGGAGCAGUCCCCAGCCGCCACGUGGCAACCACCCCACACUUGGCGCAACAGCGACGCGUCGGAAGACUCCUUUUCCCGCGUGAACCACAACUUUCCAUUCCCGCAAGCCCUCGGCGCAACCUUCUUCCCUGCAUUCUCGACCAUCCGAUUUCUCGGGCACUUCUUGGAUUCGCAUCCAGACCGUUCGCUCACCGACAUGGCUCCGUCGUCGCACGUGGUCAUCGCGAGCGUUACCGUGUGCGCGGUCGUCGCCAUUGGGGUGUGCUACUUGUGCAUGCGGAAGAAACGGAGAGACGGGGAUGGGUACGACGGACCUGGUCAGGCGUCCGCAGAGACAGGUACAGCUACAGGUGGAGCCGCAGCGGCUGCUAAUGGCGAAACCCGCGUGCCGCUUCUCUUUUCUCAGGUACGAAUAUUUCUGCGCCUGCAGCUGUCGCCUUCGUACUUUUCCCAUUUCCAAGUAAUUUCUGAGGGACUCGUUUUUUCUACAGGCAAGCAACACAAUGAGAAGAAUGAAAGCAUGGCUAUGCAAUCUUCUCCUCUCCCACUCCCCUCCUUCCUUCCCCCCACCCCCCCACCUCCCCCCCCACCUCCCCCCCCACCUCCCCCCCCUCUCCCCCCCCUCUCCCCCCCUCCCUUUCCCCUUCCUUCCCCACCUGCUUCCUUUCAACUCGACUGGGGGGACGAGAGCGAGGACAUAGAGCAGCAAUCCUUCCCGCCGUCGCAGCCCUCCGCCUCCGCGGACCAGCAAGCAGCCGCGGAAGCAGAGGCAGCGGAGGCAGCGCGGGCAGUGCGGCAGAAGCAGUGGGAGGAGGAGCGGCGGCAGGCGGAAGCAGAGGCGGCAGAGGAGGCAGCAGCGGCGGCUGCUGCUGCGAAUAAACGCGCGAGGAAGGAGGGAGGGGGGAGGCAAGGGAGGGUGAAGUUUGGGGAAUCCACUGUGAGAGAGUAUGAUGCAGGGGAGGGGAUGGAGGUGGAGGGGGACGCAGAGGCAGCCGCUGCUGCUGCUGCUGCUGCGGCUGUUCCUGCAGCUGCUGUCCCUGAUGCUGCUGCUGCUGCAAAGAAGAAGGCUGCUAGGAGGGAAGGCGCUACACUCGUAUUGGAGGUGAUCAGUGGGCCAGCGUCAGGAGGCAAGCUGGUGUUGAAGAAUGAGAAGCUGGAGCCAUGGCCGUCAGCGACCAUAGGGCGGGUGAAGGCCAACGACCUGCAGCUGAACGAUGGGGAGGUGUCCAGCAAGCACGCCUACGUCACCUGGAAUGCUCUGUCGGGGCGGUGGGAGGUGGUGGAUCGCGGGUCGCUGAACGGCACGCUGCUGAACGACGAGGCGAUCAAUGCCGAGGCGGAUGAGGAGGGCGAGCGCACGGAGGGGCGGCCGUGCCAGCUGGCGGAUGGGGACGUGAUCACGUGUGGGUCGCAGUCUCGCAUUCUGGUGCGACUACUGGCGGACACGAGCAAAGUGGAGCACCCAUGCCCCGAUGCCCCGUGUGACAUCGCCAUAGCAGCUGACCCCAUGCGGGCACGCAAGGGAGGCAAGCCACUUCCAAUGGAGGAUGUGCCCCUGUGCGAGUGGCCGCUAAGGGGCCUACAGGACAUGGGCAUCUGCUGUGUGUUUGACGGCCAUGCGGGCAGGCAGUGCGCCGACAACGUGAAGAGAAUCUUUCCGGACAAGCUAUCUCAAGAGCUGCUGAAGGGGGGCAAGCACGUGGUGGUGCGCAUGAGCUGCAACGCGACCGAUGUGCUGCGAGCAGCCUUCAAGGCGACAGAGGAGGAGCUCAAUAACGAGGAUGAGGGCUGCACUGCCACUGUGCUGCUCGUGUGGCGGGCCUUCCAGCCGCCCCACCGCGUGUGGGUGCAGGCAGGCAAUCUCGGAGACUCACACUGCGUGCUGGGUCUGGGCAGUGCGGGCGAGGAGGGAGUGGUGCAGAUGACAGAGGACCACCGGCUGACAGGGCCCGUGGAGAAGGGGCGGCUGGCGUCCAUCGGCAAGCCGAUGCGAGAUGGGGACACUCGGCUGUGCGGCAUGAACAUAGCGCGUGUGUUUGGAGACAAAUUCCUCAAGCAGCAGGGCGUGGGUCUCUCCUCCGACCCGUUCAUCCAUGCGCCCCUGCAGCUGCCCGUGCCUGAGGAAGGGGGCACGAGCAAGCCGAUCAUAGGAGUCAUUGCCAGGCUCGGAAGGAGCAGGAGGAGGGGGGUGUGGAGGGCAGUGCAGCAGAGGCAAUGGCAAGUGCGCUGGUGGCGAAGGCACGCACGCUGCGGACACACGACAACACCACCGUGGUUGCCAUCGACUUCACUGCCAUGCUGCACGGCAUUGCAUGAUGAUGGGCGGCUUUAUGGUGCUGCUGCUGCUGGUGGUGGUGGUGGUGGUGGUGGUGGUGGUGGUGGUGGUGGUGGUGGUGGUGCUGCUGCUGCUGCUGCUGCUGCUUCUAACGGGGGUAGCGCAGGCGUCGGCGCCGGUGGCGGCGGCUUUGACGGAGACUCGAGAUCCGAUCCGCGUAACGGAUCUUCGAGCCGCGUGGUUUCCGCGAGAGAGGUUUCAGGGGGAGCGGAUGUUGAAGGGGGAAUCUCGGACCGCGAAAGCGCGGAGCUAAAGCUUCGCGGAAGCAGCGUGGAGGUCGACGAGGACGAGGAGAAGGAUGACGUGGACGAGGGGACGAACGUGCUUCCGGCGCACGCGUUAGCAAACGCCGACGCGAUCAGCGCUGACGUGGCGGAGCUGACGUCAGCGUUGGAGGAGGAAGAAUCAGGAUUAGGUUUGCAUCCCGAGUUAGACGUUGAGGGUUUGGAGCAUAUUAUCGACAUGGGCAGGCGGCUCGAGGGCAUGCCGCGGCGCGUGCAGCGAUUCAUGUUUGAGAAGAUGCUUAAAGUGAAGCCGGGGCGACCGCCGUCCAUGCAGCGCUUGAAACGGCAAUUCCAGAUGCGAAUAGUGGAUGUCAACCGCACUGCCAAGGUCACCAAGGGAGGCAAAGUGCUGAGUUUCACAGCGCUAGUGGUGUGUGGGAACGGGCAAGGCACGGUGGGGUAUGGCAAGGGCAAGUCGGCCGAAAUGGGGUUGGCGGUUGAUAAGGCCUACCUGCGGGCGCUGAGGAAUCUGCACUACUUUGAUCGCUUCAGAGGGCGAACGAUCGCCGAGGCACAGAUGGCGAAAUACGGAAAGACCAAGGUAUACAUGUGGCCGGCUCGCAAGGGGUCGGGCAUGAGUGCGGGGAGCACGCUGGCAGGCAUUCUCAGACUCGCAGGCUUCCAGGCCGUCAAGACCAAGGUGAUUGGCUCACGGCAUCCCCACAACACAGUGAAGGCAGCCUUCCAAGCUCUCAGCAUGGUUACAGCCAAAGCAGAGGCAGGCCAGCACCAGCCACUUCGUAUCUCAGCCUGA